AUGUCUAGCGUGAGCUCUGACUGUGAAUCUUCGUACUAUACGGAAUCGGAAGCAGAAAGUGAUUACAUUACGCAUGAGGAAGGGGAACCUUCAGCACAGUUCAAUCAUACCCUGGAGGUGGAAGAUAUUAUCCGCGGACAUGUAGACGUUACGACAAAAAAUGCGGUCGGUCUUAACCACCAUUACAAAGCGAAGCUACUGGUUCUACGGCACAAACUGGAAGGGAUGCUUUCGCAAUGCCAAAAUCGUAUGCUUGAGGUCGAAAAAAAUCUAGAUGAUAUACGGUUAAAUUUAACGCCCAAAACGCGCCCUGCACGACCACGGCAUCCGGGCUACAUUUGUGGACAACCGUUCUUUAAAGAUUACGAGCUUUACCCCGGUCCACACAACGAGGACUAUCUGUACCGGAAGAACGUGAAGAAAGAGUUUUUUCCUCUGGAUAUGUUCGAAUCGAUUGAUACGCUCUGGACGAGCAAUGACAAACAUGUGCUAAAGGAUAGCGUAGCAAACCAGGCGUACGAGUUUGUUCGAAGGGAAACCCAGCUGAGGGAUAAAAUUUGCAUCAAUUCGGGCAAUGCGCGGAGCAUAAUAAAGGAUCGAAUUGAAUUGAAAACGCUUCCUUUGGAAGAGAUCUGGCACAAAGCGCAAGCAUACGAUGGUAAAUAUGGGCGCCUAAAGUUUACCGUGGACUGGUUAAAAAUAUCGAACGCCAUCAUGAAUGGACGGCAUUCUGCGGCCGCCUGUGAGGGUAUGUGGAACAACUACCUCAUCCCGGGCUUGAAAAGAAGCAUGUGGACGCCGGAUGAAGAAUCGAGACUGGUCGCGGCCGUUGAAUCUAAUAAGCGCAGCAACUGGGUUCUUAUAGCCCUGAGCGUGGAAAAUCGUUCCGAGUACCAGUGCUUUGUGCAUUAUCAGACCAACUUUUCUGAACUGUCGCAAAUCAAAAAGAUGCCCUGGACGCAGGAAGAAGAUGACCUAUUGUUGCGCUUGGUGAAUGAAAAUCGUAUUGGAAACAAUAUCAUUUGGAACAAAAUCGUAGAACGGAUGCCGUACCGCAACAAGGUACAGGUUUACCACCGGUACAAGUACACCCUGGUGCGUCCGCUUAGGGGGGCCAAGUUUACGGCCGAGGAAGAUUGUGUCAUUACCGCGUACGUGCAGCAGUUUGGAGAUGAUUUUAAAUUUUUCCCCGAAGAUUUACUACCGGGUAGGACGACGAAACAGGUUCGGGCCCGAUACAUGAAUACACUGCGCUUCGUCAAUACGCACGUCGGUUGGAGCCUUGAGGAGGACAAGCGCCUAAUGAGCUACAUCGCUGAAAAUCUUACCGAGGAAGGACCGGCAAAACUUUCCUGGGCCGAAUGUUCAAAGUACCUCGGCAACCAUUCGCGGCUAAGUUGCCGCACGCGGUACUACACAAUCGAAAAGUUUCUCGAGCGAAAUCCGAACGCCACGCUGGAGAAUGUACCGAGAAGAGAAAAGAAAAAACUUUCCUCUAGCGUGACGGAUAAAAAUUGGAUAAAAACCAUCGUGGAAAUUAAGAGUGCACCACCCGUUGCUCGUAAUGCUGGAGCCCCAUUCAAUCCGCUAGAGGUCGGUAGACCCACCGUGGCCGAAUGGAGUUUGUACGAACAGAUGAAAUUUUGCUUCCGGUACAAGUUCGGCUACAAGUUGGCCGUAAACGCGAAACACAAUCACGUUUAUACGGGGACGAAAAUUGUGCUCUAUCUUUUGGAAGGAUUUGAAGAGCCGUCACACGAACCGGAACGAUUUCCAGGCUCCAUGCUUCAUCCGAACGGUGAAUUAUUUCAGAUGAUGCAGACCGUACUUCGACGUCCUUUGGAUUGGGCCAAUAUCGUGUCUAUUAUGCAACCCAAGAUGACCCCUUCAGGUGAAGCUAUGCUGUUUUGUCGUUUUCCUCCUAACUAUAAUACGGUUUUAGGUUUGCGCGGUCUUUGCCUGAACGCUUGCAGCGUACAGACUAGACAAACCUUACUGGAACCAAAGCCCAAAAAGCUCGCAGCGUUCAACCAACGAAUGUACGAUCAGGCAAUAGGGGCGUUUGUAGAUCGCUUCCGUAAGAUAUUUCACUGGACCAUGCUGCUAAUGAUGCUCAACAUUGAUGAUGUUUCGCUUGAGGGUGAAGAAUCCUCACGCCAAAAUCUUAGCGUUGGUAUGUCCCCUAAAAGGCAAGACAAUCCAACAAUUAUUGUACCGGUGAAGGUGGAUAAGCUAAUGAAUGUAUCGAGUAGUGUUUCGCAACCGUACCAUAUGAAUACAUGCGCACCACAUUCGACAACCGCAUUAAAUGAAAACAAUUUAAACAUUGUGACGAACAUAACAAUCAUCGAUCCGAAGGAUCUUCCAACUGUUCCGGGAAAUGUUCCCGGCCAGCAAACUGGGUUUAAAUGCGGUAAUCAGUACUCAAAUGAAUCACUUGCUACAUCGCACGAUACGAUUGAAAACUCCACAACUAGCAGCGAAAGUGUAAAAUCAAAUCCUAGAUCGGAAACGAACAAUAGUGGAAAAUUGUUAACAAAUGAAGCGCAACUUGAACAAUGUAGCCCUGGGAUGGUUUCCACGACGUCUAGUGCCACGAUUCAAGGUGUUGAAAAUCAAAUGCUACAACAUGUACCAACGUUUACUAUUAUCGAAAUACCACAAGAAAUAUCAUUAAUGCAACAACGAUUGAACGCUAGUACCGUUGUUACUCACAGUACCCCUCUCGAAGCGACCUCACACAAUAAUAUUAUUUACGACGAACAGACAAACGUUAAAAUUAGUUCAAUCGACGAACGGUAUCAUUUUAAAAAGUUUUACGAAUCAAGAAAAAUCUGCAUUGUUCAAGACAGAGAUACGCAAUUGAAAGGAGUCACCGUUCCGUUGGAACUUCCGCAGCCACAUAUGAUGAGUAAUGCACAUUCGGGUCUUCCAGGAGAAAGUGCAUGUUCGAAAGUAGAUGGGAUUAGUAACAAUCCUGUAAUUGCAAGCGAAGAUAUUAUAAUGAUCGAUGUUGAUCGUCAUCCCACAAACAAUCCAAAUGCUAUAAUGUCUACCACACAUCAAGAUCAGGACCAAGACCUGGAAUGUUUUGCUGUAACGAAACAGAACAUGCUUGUAGUCCCAUAUAACCGGGUUGCAUGCGAGAGAAAUUCCAUGGCGCAUAAUUUUAUUGGUGAUGCUGAAAGCGAAAGAGAAUCAAUCGUUAUGUCGCCGAUCCGUCGUUUGGAACCAUCUGGAGAGAUCACAUUGGUUGCACCGUUGGAAUCCGUCCAUAACAAUAAAAAGAAAGAAAAGUUUAAAACUAACAUCGUGCCGAAGGACCGAAACGAAUCUGAUGAUGUCCCACCUGCUGCUGAAGAGGAUUGUAAUGCUGUGACAGAACCUGUUUCCGAUAUAAACUUUGAUAGCAACGUGGAGCUCAUCGCCGAACCACUUACCGCUGUUGACAUUAUUCGAAUGUUGCGCGCACGGCAUAAUGCCUCGUAUUGCGAAGACAGCGACGAUGAAGAGGAAUUUGAACGUGCACCAAAUAAUUAA